AUGGCUAGUUUUAGCAAGGGUGGAAGUUUUAACAGCUAUAGUGACUACCCUGAUCAUGUUUGUCGCCCUGUGAUCGUUGGACAUAGUGUAGGGGGCUUCACGGUGAGAGCUCAAAGAGUUGUUGAAGUUCGUCGUAGUUAUGGAAUACCCCUGAAUGGUCUUGUAGAUGAGUACGAUGUGCAUGAAGAAUGGGACGAUGAUAGUCCAAGGGAAGUCAGUGACUUCUUCAAUAAAGUUCAUAAUGAAGCUAGUCGACCAACUCAUUCCACUCUUUUGAGCCCUCCAAAGUUGAUCACUGUAAGGCCUAGUUGGACAAGUGAAGAUCAUGACUCUCCAAAGUAUAGGGAGCAUCACGAUUUUAGUGGCAGCCCUCUUCGUAAUAAAUUUGAAGGGUUUCACCUUCAAGGUAGUCGAGGAUCAAGUCCGUAUGAGUACAAGAAUGAUGGUUAUGGCCACUCCAUGGAUUCUCCCAAGGCUGGCCAUGUGAAGGACUAUGGGGUCAACAACACAUGGGAUUCACCACCAAGAUCAAGGUUAACUCAUGACGAUUGGGAUGGCAGGAGAGAUCAUGAUGAUUAUGGCAAGCCAAAAUUCAAUGGAGGUUACAAGACAACUAGUCCUCCACUUAGCCAGGCCACAAAUAAACCUUUGGCUCCUCCUACUUAUGCACCAAAAUCACAUUUUCCAGCAUCUUACUCAACUCCACAUAUAAAAGAAAGUUACCCUGAGAGAACUCAAGGUGAAAAGCCUCUGGCUUCACCUCUUUCAACCCAAUCAUCCUAUUAUCCAACAUCAAAUCCGAUAACCGAAAGGAAAGAAAGUUACCCUGAACCAACAAAAGGAACGAAGCCUCUGUCUUACCCUGUUUAUACAAAACAACCAUACUCACCAACUUCAAACUACCCUGAAACAACUCAGGGACCAAGGCCUCUGUUUUCCCCUGGCUACACACAACAAUCACAUUCACCAACUUCAAACCCGAUACCUCAAAGGAAAGAGAACUACCCUGAAACAGCACACGGCACAAAGCCUCUGUUUACCCCUGGCUAUACACAACAAUCACAUUCACCAACUUCAAACCCGAUACCUCAAAGGAAAGAAAGCUAUCCUGAAACAGAACAUGGCGUAAAGCCUUUGUUUUCCUCUGGUUAUAAACCACAAUUUCAUUCACCAACUUCAAACCCAACACCUCAAAGGAAAGAAAGCUAUCCUGAAACAGAACACGGCGUAAAGCCUUUGUUUUCCUCUGGUUAUAAACCACAAUCACAUUCACCAACUUCAAACCCGAUACCUCAAAGGAAAGAAAGCUAUCCUGAAACAGAACACGGCGUAAAGCCUUUGUUUUCCUCUGGUUAUAAACCACAAUCACAUUCACCAACUUCAAACCCAACACCUCAAAGGAAAGAAAGUUAUCCUGAAACAGAACACGGCGUAAAGCCUUUGUUCUCCAGUGGUUAUAAACCACAAUCACAUUCGCCAACUUCAAACCCGAUACCUCAAAGGAAAGAAAGCUACCCAGUAACAACACACGAUACAAACCCUAUGUUUUCCCCUGUUUCUACACAACAAUCAACUGAAAAUCCGACCUCUCAAAACAACGAAAGUCACCCAAAGAAGAAAAAAGGUUGGACAUCUCUGUUUUCCUCUCCUUCUAAGCAACAACCACGCCCUCCAACAUCACACUCAACUCCUGAUAUGAAACAAAGCUACCCUGAUCAUGAAACUCAAGGUUUCCACCCCUCAUUUACCCCUUCUUCUCCACAAAAGGAACGCUACAGUCCACAAAUGGAAGACCAUUACCCCGACCAAAUCCAGCGCAAUGCGUCCUUUACAUCUCCAUAUGAAAAUACACAGGAACCAAAACAAACCCUUAAUAGCAGUGAGGCCAGGAAAAAGUAUGCUCACUUAAAACCAGUGUCACCAGCUCAGAUGAAGUACUCAGGAACAAUUGAUAGCAAGGAAGCUGUGAAAAAGUACAAUGGUGCAUUUGUUCCAUAG